CUUUACGCCAGAGAUGACGACACCGUUAUCACUCUGCUAUCGUUAUUGCCGUUCUAACUCUCACAACGGAAGGGAGGUGAGAGAAGCAACAGCGACACAAACGGACGAGGAUGACGAUGAUGAUUCUUUACUGCUGCGCUAGCACUGAGCUUCAUCACAGACACAUCAGCAGAUCCAAGAACACAAACCUGUGAGCGCACUGUGUGCUACGUCGCAAACUGGUCGCAAUUCAGGGCUGACAAAGCCCAAUUCAAGAUAGAGAAUGUUGAUUCUUCCUUGUGCACCCAUUUCAUCUUCGCCUUCGCCAAAGUACAAAACAACCAAAUUGGACAAUUUUACUCCAACGACGAAGAAAGGUACAAACAGUUUACAGACUUGAAGAAGAACAACCCUACGAUCAGGAUACUGCUGAGUAUAAGUAACUGGAAAGAAGUCUCCCCUUUCUUCAGUAGAAUGGUGAAGACAGAAGCCGACCGAAGCCAGUUCAUCAAGCACUCUAUCUCCGUGUUGCGUAAGCACGAGUUUGAUGGCCUUGACAUCUUCUGGAAGUAUUCAGCCAGCCAAGGAAGUAAACUGGAGCAUCGACGUCUCAUCACGGAACUCGUCACGGAACUCAAGCAUGCUUACGAUGAAGAAUCGAAGAUUUCCGGCAAACCUCGUCUGCUGUUGACUGCUGCGGUGGGCGCAGGAAAGGCCAUCAUCGAUUCUGUUUACGACAUUCCAGAGAUUUCUAAACAUCUGGACUUUAUCAGCCUGAUGACUUACAACUUUCAUGGCUUUUGGGAAAAAGUCACCGGUCAUCACAGCCCUCUUUACUCCACGGACACGCUGAACACGGACUGGGCCGCCCGCUACUGGGUAGAACAAGGAGCACCCAGGGACAAACUGGUGAUCGGCGUGUCAUAUAACGGACGAUCGUUCACCUUGAAAAAUCCCUCUGAGAACCAGGUCGGCGCCGUGUCUGUGCGGCCUGGACAGCCAGGACCAUUUACAAAAACUGCAGGCCUCUUGUCUUACUUUGAGAUUUGUGGCCUACUGCAAAAAGACGCGACUAGACACUUUACUGAGGAUCAGAAGGUUCCAUACCUGCACAGUGGGGACCAGUGGGUCGGCUACGAUGACCAACAUAGCCUCAGACACAAGGUAGAACUGGCUGCCUCCUAUGGUGGUGUCAUGUUGUGGAGCUUGGACCUGGACGACUUUUCUGGCGACCACUGCAAUGAAGGUCCUUAUCCCUUGACAAAGGCCGUCAACACAUAUUGCAUCGAGGGAGGACCAUCAGAACCUGUGAACGAAUCAGAACCAGACAGUACACCAGAACCAACAUCAACAUCUGUUCCAGAAAAACCAAAUGUAGAGGAUAUCGAGGAAGAGAAAUGGAAUGGAACAAACCUAUCAGAACCAAACAGUACCCCCGAUCCUAUUGUCACACCAGGUCCUAAUCCAAUAUCAGAUCCAGGACCACAUGGUGCACAAACCUGUGAGCGCACUGUGUGCUACGUCACAUGGUGGUCGCAAAACAGGGCUGGCAUGGCAAGUUUUAAGCCAGAGUAUGUUGAUACCUCCUUGUGCACCCAUUUGAUGUACGCCUACGCCAAAGUACAAAACAACCAAAUUAGACAAUUUUACUCCAACGACGAAGAAAGGUACAAACAGUUUACAGACUUGAAGAAGAACAACCCUACGAUCAGGAUACUGCUGGCCGUAGGUGGCUGGAACCACGACAAUGCUGGCUUCACUGAAAUGGUGAAGACAGGAGACGACCGAAGCCAGUUCAUCAAGAACUCCAUCACCGUGUUGCGUAAGCACGAGUUUGAUGGCCUUACCCUGGACUGGAGGUAUCCAGCCAACCGAGGAAGUCCACCGGAGGAUCGACGGCUCUUCACGGAACUCGUCAAGGAACUCAAGCAUGCUUACGAUGAAGAAUCGAAGAUUUCCGGCAAACCUCGUCUGCUGUUGACCGCUGCGGUGUCCGUAAAAAAGUCCAUCAUCGAUUCUGCUUACGAGAUUCCAGAGAUUUCUGAACAUCUGGACUUUAUGAACCUGGUGACUUUCUACUUUGAUGGCCCUGGGGAAAACGUCACCGGUCAUCACAGCCCUCUUUACUCCCAGGACACGCGGAAUAUGGACUGGGCCGCCCGCUACUGGGUAGAACAAGGAGCACCCAGGGACAAGCUGGUGAUCGGUGUGUCAUUUUACGGAAAAUCGUUCACCUUGGAAAAUCCCUCUGAGCACCAGGUCGGCGCCGUGUCUGUGCGGCCUGGACAGCCAGGACCAAUUACAAAACGUCGAGGGUUCUUGGCUUACUAUGAGGUUUGUGACCUACUGCAAAAAGGCACGACUAGACACUUUAUUGAGGAUCAGAAGGUUCCAUACCUUCACAAGGGGGACCAGUGGAUCGCCUACGAUGACAAAGAUAGCCUCAAAUACAAGGUAGAACUGGCUGCCUCCUAUGGUGGUGUCAUGUUGUGGACCUUGGACCUGGACGACUUUUCUGGCAACCACUGCGAUGAAGGUCCUUAUCCUUUGACAAAGGCCGUCAACGAAUAUUGCAAAGGUGGCAACGAGAGAGGACCACCAGGACCUGUAGACCAAUCAGAACCAGACAGUACAUCAGAACCAGACAGUACAUCAGAACCAGACAGUACAUCAGAACCAGACAGUACAUCAGAACCAGACAGCACACCAGGUCCCACAUCAACAUCUGUUCCAGGAAAACCAGAUGAUGUAGAGGAUGUCGAGGAAGAGAAAUGGAAUGGAACAAACCAAUCAGAACCAAACAGUACCCCAUAUCCUAUUGUCACACCAGGUCCUAAUCCAAUAUCAGAUCCAGGACCACAUGGUGCACAAACCUGUGAGCGAAUUGUGUGCUACGUCACAAGGUUGUCGCAAUACAAUGCUGGCAUGGCAAGUUUUAAGCCAGAGUAUGUUGAUACCUCCUUGUGCACCCAUUUGAUCUUCGCCUUCGCCAAAGUACAAGGCAACCAACUAUUAGAAUAUGAGCGAAACGACGAAGAACAGUACAAACAGUUUACAGACUUGAAGAAGAACAACCCUACAAUCAGGACACUGCUGGCUGUGGGUGGCUGGGAUCAGGGCUCCCGUGGCUUCAGUAGAAUGGUGAAGACAGAAGCCGACCGAAGCCAGUUCAUCAAGCACUCCAUCACCGUGUUGCGUAAGCACGAGUUUGAUGGCCUUGAUCUUGACUGGAUGUAUCCAGCCACUCGAGGAAGUCCACCGGAGGAUCGACGGCUCUUCACGGAACUCGUCAAGGAACUCAAGCAUGCUUACGAUGAAGAAUCGAAGAUUUCCGGCAAACCUCGUCUGCUGUUGACCGCUGCGGUGGGCGUAGGAAAGUCCGUCAUCGAUUCUGCUUACGACAUUCCAGAGAUUUCUGAACAUCUGGACUUUAUCAGCCUGAUGACUUACGACUUUCAUGGGAGUUGGGAAAAAGUCACCGGUCAUCACAGCCCUCUUUACUCCACGGACACGCUGAACAUGGACUGGGCCGCCCGCUACUGGGUAGAAAAAGGAGCACCCAGGGACAAGCUGGUGAUCGGCGUGUCAUUUUACGGACGAUCGUUCACCUUGAAAAAUCCCUCUGAGCACCAGGUCGGCGCCGUGUCUGUGCGGCCUGGACAGCCAGGACUAUUUACAAAAAGUGCAGGCCUCUUGUCUUACUUUGAGAUUUGUGACCUACUGCAAAACGGCGCGACUAGACACUUUAUUGAGGAUCAGAAGGUUCCAUACCUACACAAGGGGGACCAGUGGGUCGGCUACGAUGACAAAGAUAGCCUCAAAUUCAAGGUAGACUUGAGUGUCUCCUAUGGCGGCGUCAUGUUGUGGAACUUGGAUGUGGAUGACUCUACUGGCCACCACUGCAAUGAAGGUGCUUAUCCCUUGACAAAGGCCGUCAACACAUAUUGUAAACGUGGCAUCGAGAGUGGACCACCAGGACCUGUAGACCAAUCUGACCCUGACAGCACACCAGCUCCCACAUCAACAUCUGUUCCAGAAAUAACAGAUGAUGAUGACAAAGAAAUCAAAGAAUUUUGCAAGGGUAAGCCGAACGACAUGUAUUCAGACCCCAAGAACAGUACCUACUUCAUUUAUUGCUCUGAGGGGAUUCCGUACAGGAGACCUUGUCCUGCUGGCCUCGUUUUCAGCCCUAUGUUCAGACUCUGCGACUGGCCUAGGCAUUGGCGUUAAGACAACAGAUCCCUUAAUUUUUAAAGUUUAACCCGAGUUAAGCAUGGCGACAAGUUAACAGAACAUUGCGCUGUCCUAUUUUUUACCAAAAUAAGUUGUGAUAUUUCAGCAUUCCUUUUUUGUAAAAGUGCAUAUGAGUUGUCUGAAAUUCCGUUGUUGGCUCCCUGGCUAAAGCUUCAUGACAGUGAGAACUGGAUGUCAUGAUUUCGGAUCUCGGUUCUGACAUAACUCUCUCUGAAUGGAACACUUCAAGUGCGUCGGUUUCGUUGGUGUACGAAUAGUUUACUUUUUUAGGUUUUGGGGCCCUCUCAGAAAGAUGUGUAUACAACUUAUUGCAGGGGAAAUAUACAUUUGAUGAAGAAUAUGCUUUUAGCGUAGAGUUGUAUUUCUUUUCUUUUUCGCUACAUAUAAAAAUAUAGCAAGUUUACAAUAUCCCCUACUUUUUGUCGACAUCAGCUUCAGUAGUUUAAGAUUACUCGAUCAUUUGUGACACUUGUUUGGAAUGGAAUUUUUUCGCAGAUCUGUAAGACAUGGACAGCAUAAUAAAAAAUGAAAUUCCU